CCCAGACACUAACAGCAGCCUUUAACACAGUCCAGCCUGCUUUCUGGGCAUUCGCAUUACAGGCAACACAGGAUACACACUCACACACACAUGCACACACUUGCAGCCACUCAAUCAUAUCUCAAACUGGAGCUGGAGUGAGGAAACAGAAUGUCAGGGAAGGAAGCGCUGAAGUCAGUGGGAAAGCCGAAUUUGCCUCAAGUGUACCGAGCUCUUUUCUGACCCGCUCUACAGGAGGUCUGAGGGGGAGAAGUUUGGAUUCAUAAAAGUUGUCAAAUGUCAAGAGAUAUUUUUUGGAAAAAGUCCAGAACAGAAAAGCAUUUCAGAUUUAGUUAAUCAGAAGGAAAGUCACUCGGAUAACACUCUCAAGAUCUGGAUUUUCAAACAGAGAGGACAUACAUCAGGAGGAAAUUCUUGAAAUUCUCUUUGUCUCCGACCACUCACCGCUCUCCUGGUCUUUCAGAGUUCCAUCAUCUGCUGCCACAGUCAAGCUGAAGGAGGUCACAUCUUCAGGUUUACCACACACAUUGGCCACAAGGAAGAUGAGUCUGUCACGGAAUGGGACGCUGGAGAAGACGGUAUCCGAGCGGGCCCAAUCUGAGCUGGGCUCCCCCUCCAGAGCGGGGUCAGGGGUCGUGGUGCCGCCUCCAUACUCUCUGGGCAGCAGUGAAGCCGCUGCUGAAACCCCUCUGGAGUUAAGGGGCUCUCUGGACUGCUGGGCGUGCUCCGUGCUGGUCACUGCACAGAAUCUGAUCAUAGCGCUGAUCAACGGCACGCUGGCCAGUAUCAUUUUUGGCAUCAUCCUCACCCCUGCUCUUGCCAUGAUCAUAUUCGGCUUCCUUUGCCACUCCACGGUGCAGCCCCAUGGAACCUUUCUGUAUUGCUCAGACAUACUGGAUGAUGGUGGCUGUGUGGCUCUGCUGGUUGUGGGCUUCCUGCUGCUCACGCCUCUGCUGGUCCUGGCUCUCGCCGCCUUCUGUCGCCUGGCCAGACACCUCCAGCUGGGAAUGUGUUUCAUCCCCUACAGCCGUGCCGUCUACAAGAACCUGCCCGCCUCACGCCAGCGGAGGGAUGACGGAGGAGGCUGCUGUGGUCAGCAGGGAGCUUCAGAAAGGGAGGGGAAGGGUAGCGUGUGGGUGUAAGACAGGAGGAUUGUGUUGUUUUUUG